AUGCCUCUUCCUGUACGCUUCACCUCGCUAUACCGCCUUGUACUUCGUGCUACAUCAGCAAGUGUGCGGCAUCAUGGGGCCGCAAGUAUGCAGUUACAAGCACUUUAUAGGCCGGAAUUUAUCGAGGCUGCGAAAGUGGUGAAAGAGUUAGAGCGCAAGCAGGAGCAAGACAAGGCGAAAGAGCGAUGGUAUGCCGAUUGGGAGCAGCGAAUGUACAAUACCAUAUCCCUACUCGUCCUAUCUGCCAAUCCGUUGAAGAGCAACGUACCAAGUCGACUCACGCGCAACACCAGUUCUCUACGAUAUUCCUUAAUUGGCCCGAUGGGGUCACAGAGGCUACGAAGCACGUCUCGUUGGAACCCACAAAAGCCUCAAAGUAUCAUUGUGCGGAACGCAGGAAUUGCUAGUCAAUCUGGGAACGAUGAGCGCGAAGAGAUUUACAACGCAGUCGGGCGCGUCCUGGACGAGGCGUUUGCAGGGGCUGAGGGAAGCGCCGGGAUUGUGCUGGGCCGUUUCCUGCCUGUAGUGCCCGGGAGGAGGAGGAAGCACAACAUGAAAGAGAGUUUAUCAUCCAGAAAGAGGUGGAGGGGAGCAGAGGAAGCAAUGACGAACUUUCGGAAAACUCGUUGA